AGCCCCGCCGCUCUGAGUCUGACAGCUCUGCUCAGCCUCCGCCCACCUCCAGUCAACAACGGCUGGGGCGAUUUCGCAAGUGUCAGCCCAGCAGAAUGGCAGGCAUCCCGGAUAACAUCCCCCUGCAGCCGGUGCGGCACAAAAAACGACACGACAACAAGCACAGGAAUGGGUGCUGCCCAUGGUCGAGUUGCUGUGGGAUGGGAGAUUUCCGUCCACGAACCGUAUGGUUAGGUCACCCAGAGAAGAGGGAACAGAGAUACCCGCGAAACGUCAUAAACAACCAAAAAUACAAUUUCUUCACCUUCUUACCCGGGGUGCUGUUCAACCAGUUCAAGUACUUCUUCAACCUGUACUUCCUGCUGCUGGCCUGCUCUCAGUUCGUGAAUGAACUCAGACUAGGAGCUCUGUACACUUACUGGGUUCCACUGGGAUUUGUUUUGAUUAUUACCAUAGUGAGGGAAGCAGUGGAAGAAAUACGAUGUUUCCUGCGGGACAAAGAAGUCAAUUCACAGAUCUACAGCAAACUCUCCACAAGAGGAACCGUGAAGGUGAAAAGCAGUGGCAUCCAGGUUGGAGAUCUUAUCAUUGUUGAAAAGAAUCAGCGUGUUCCUGCUGACAUGAUCUUCCUAAGGACCUCUGAAAGAAAUGGCUCGUGCUUCCUGCGCACUGAUCAGCUGGAUGGAGAAACAGACUGGAAACUGCGCCUCCCAGUGGCGUGCACGCAAAGACUCCCCACAGCAGCUGAUCUUCUGCAGAUCAGGUCAUACGUGUACGCUGAGGAGCCUAAUAUCGACAUCCAUAACUUUAUUGGUACUUUUACCAGAGAGGACGGAGACCCUCCAGUCAAUGAAAGCCUGAGUAUUGAGAAUACACUGUGGGCCAGCACUGUGAUUGCAUCUGGUACAGUGGUUGGUGUGGUGAUUUACACUGGCAAGGAGCUCCGCAGCGUCAUGAACACCUCUAAUCCAAGGCAUAAGAUUGGACUUUUUGACCUGGAAGUAAACUGCCUGACUAAGAUUCUGUUCGGAGCCCUGGUGGUGGUGUCUCUGGUCAUGGUGGCUCUACAGCAUUUCGCAGGGCGCUGGUACCUCCAGAUUUUCCGCUUCCUGCUGCUCUUUUCAAACAUAGUGCCCAUCAGCUUGCGUGUGAACCUGGACAUGGGCAAGAUGGUGUUCAGCUGGAUGAUAAAGAAAGAUGCGAAAAUCCCUGGAACCGUGGUGCGGGCCAGCACCAUCCCAGAGCAGCUUGGACGGAUCUCGUAUCUGCUGACUGAUAAAACAGGAACUCUGACCCAGAAUGAGAUGGUGUUCAGGCGCCUUCAUCUCGGUACUGUGGCGUAUGGAAUGGACUCCAUGGAUGAAGUGCAGAGUCACGUCUUCAGUGCCUACACUCAGCCUCCUCACGACGCCCCAGCCUCCAGAGCACCAGCCGCCACUAAAGUGAGGAAGACGAUCAGCAGUAGGGUGCAUGAGGCAGUGAAGGCCAUCGCUCUGGUUCACAAUGUGACCCCUGUGUAUGAAGCGAACGGUGUGACUGACCAGGCAGAGGCUGAGCAGCACUACGAGGACACGUGCAGAGUCUACCAAGCCUCCAGCCCUGACGAGGUGUCUCUGGUGCAGUGGACGGAGAGUGUGGGUCUGACCCUGGUGGGAAGAGAUCAGUCCUCCAUGCAGCUGAGGACCCCUAGUGGACAAAUCCUCAAUUUCACCAUUCUGCAGAUUUUCCCCUUCACUUACGAGAGCAAACGCAUGGGAAUCAUAGUGAGGGAUGAGUCCACAGGAGAGAUCACCUUUUAUAUGAAGGGCGCAGAUGUUGUCAUGGCCGGUAUAGUGCAGUAUAAUGACUGGCUUGAAGAAGAGUGUGGAAACAUGGCACGAGAGGGGCUGCGAGUGCUGGUGGUGGCCAAGAAGUCUCUGACAGAGGAGCAGUACCAGGACUUUGAGGCUCGCUAUGUCCAGGCCAAGCUGAGCGUGCACGACCGCUCUCUGAAAGUCGCCACAGUCAUCGAGAGUCUGGAGAUGGAGAUGGAGUUGUUGUGUCUGACGGGGGUGGAGGACCAGCUACAGGCCGACGUCCGGCCAACGCUGGAGAUCCUGCGCAACGCUGGCAUUAAAGUGUGGAUGCUGACAGGGGACAAACUGGAAACAGCAACUUGCACUGCCAAGAACGCCCACCUAGUGACCCGCAAUCAAGACGUACACGUGUUUCGACCUGUGACCACACGAAGUGAGGCCCACCUCGAGCUCAACGCUUUCAGGCGGAAGCACGACUGCGCCUUAGUGAUAUCAGGAGACUCUCUUGAGGUGUGUCUGAAGUUUUAUGAAUAUGAGUUCAUGGAGUUGGCGUGUCAGUGUCCGGCCGUGGUGUGCUGCCGCUGCGCCCCCACUCAGAAGGCUCAGAUCGUCCGGCUGUUGCAGGAGCGCACAGGGAAACUCGCCUGUGCUGUGGGGGAUGGAGGAAAUGAUGUCAGCAUGAUCCAGGAAGCCGACUGUGGCGUGGGAGUGGAGGGCAAAGAAGGCAAACAGGCCUCGCUGGCUGCUGAUUUCUCUGUGACUCAGUUCAAACACUUGGGCCGGCUGCUCAUGGUUCACGGCAGGAACAGCUACAAGAGGUCCGCCGCCCUCAGCCAGUUUGUCAUUCACAGGAGCCUCUGUAUCAGUACCAUGCAGGCUGUUUUCUCCUCCGUUUUCUACUUUGCAUCAGUUCCUCUCUAUCAAGGAUUUCUCAUCAUCGGCUACUCUACGAUCUACACCAUGUUCCCCGUCUUCUCCCUGGUUUUGGAUAAGGAUGUCAAGUCUGAGGUGGCCAUGCUCUAUCCUGAACUUUAUAAGGACCUUUUGAAGGGCCGGCCGCUUUCCUUCAAAACCUUCCUAAUAUGGGUCUUGAUAAGUAUCUACCAAGGCAGCAUCAUCAUGUAUGGAGCCCUGCUGCUGUUCGAGUCUGAGUUUGUGCACAUCGUGGCGAUCUCCUUCACCUCGCUGAUCCUGACGGAGCUGCUGAUGGUGGCGCUGACGAUCCAGACGUGGCACUGGCUGAUGAUUGUGGCCGAGCUGCUGAGCCUCGCCUGCUACGUCGCCUCCCUCGUCUUCUUACACGAGUUCAUAGACGUCUACUUCAUCGCCACCCUUUCGUUCGUGUGGAAGGUGACGGUCAUCACUCUGGUCAGCUGUCUGCCGCUGUACAUCCUGAAGUACCUGCGGCGACGCUUCUCUCCUCCCAGCUACUCCAAGCUGACCUCCUAAAGCCGAGUCUCCAGCCUGAGGCCUGGACCAGCUCCACAAGCCCCACUGCACUGCUCCUCCUGGACCCCUACGCCUUCACCUCUAACAGAGCUCUAACCCCUUUUUAAAUCUGCUACUGAGAUGUUCGAGCACCCAGAUUAAAAAGUUAGCGGCGUGGCUUUCGGAUCAGCGGCCCUGGCUGUGUGCGUUGCAUUGCAUUGCAUUAUCAAGUGAAUGACAUCCUAUAGAUUUGCGUGCAAAGGCAGGAGGCACCGUUUGUUCACUAUCUGAGGUAAAGAUAAAGCUUUGAAAGUCAGGAAGGACCAGAAUCUGGUAGUUUGUGCCAUUUCCAGUCACAGUCAGUGAAGCUAUAUAGCAGACCUGGACUCCUAGAGGGCCGUCUUGGCUGUAUCACAACGUUUUUUAGGGUGAAUUGCAUGAAAUGAGUCACUUCUGGUGAGGAUGACUAAACAUGUUGGUUACUAAGGCUUCUCAAAUGUCAGUCUGUGAGCCACAGAGCGAGGAAAACAUUUCUUACAUUUCUCAUUUCUUAGUUUACAGUUUGUUUUUUUUCGAUUCUGGUCAGUUCUGAAUGCAAAUACUGUAGAUAUAUAUAUAUAUACAGUAUAAGUUCUAUUUAUGUAUGAAUUCACAAACAAGAAGGGUGGAAAAUAAAUGAGCUAAAAGAAUAAAAAAAAAAUAAAGAGAUCCACAGAUCAGGCAUAACAUUAUGACCACGUCCUUGUUUUUCUACACCAGUUUUUUUCUUCAGCUCCACUGAUCAUACAAGACAAUUUGUAGUUUGUAUUUGGGUGGUGUAUGAGGUGUUCGUAGUGUGUGUUGUGCUGGUGAUACAGGUAGUGGAUCAGAUACAGCAGCCGUGCUGCUGGAGUUUUUAAACACUGUGUUUAAUCAUCACUCACUGUCCUCCACUCUAUCACACCACCCGAAUAAUAAUAUGCUGCUCUGUGGUGGUCUAUCCUGUAGGGUCCUGACCACUAAAGGUCAGGGUGAAACAGGAGGAAAGGGUGAAAGGAGUGAACAGGGUGAAGUGAGAGAGGAAACAGAUACAGGACUACACCCUGUAAUUAAAGAACUACAAAAUCUAAAGCUCGUAUAUGCUUUUAAUGGGGCUGAUUAAAUGGAUAAUAGGUGUAAAAAACAAAUAAGUGGUCAUAAUGUUAUGCUUUUAUUGAUUUACAUUAUAUAUGGCUUUACAGUAUAUACUUAUUGAAAGUAUUGGUUUCACUGCUUGCACCAGUACUUGAAGUGGGCUGGAACCAAAGUUAUUAUGGGAAAUCUGUUGACUCUGCGGCCAUCUUUGCACUUAUUUCCAGUCACCCAAAACCCCCCUCCCCCCCCAACCCAAAAAUCACAAAAUUGCAGGCUUUAAAAUUAGACAGCACUUUUUAAAAUGUAGCUAAACUGCAAAAUUAUUUACACAGAAGAUAUAGAAGAUAGAAGCACCCCAUUGUGCCCCUAGUGGGGGUUCUACAAAGCAAUGAAACACUAAAUGGUUCUCACGUAUUUCUCUAUAAUCAACUCUAUUAAAACUGCUCUAUCAAAAUAUUUAAACCAAGCAUUUUUUAAUAAGAAUUGAAUUAAAUGUGAAUAAGAUCCAAUUCUCGCUACAUCUGAAUGUGGUUUAAGGGCAUUUUAACACCUUUCUAUCAGUAUCCGGAUCAGUUGAUGAGUUCAUUUACUUAAAGCGUUUUUCCCUCAGUUUGGUUUGGUUUCACACAGGCGAGCACAUUGUCUCCUCUGAUUGGUCAAAGCUGUCUGAUGUGGAAGCAAAAAAAGUAAAUAUAGCUAAAAGAUUCCGGAUUCCAGCAUCUAUAGCUGCUUUAACACUGCAUUUCAGCAUUCAGUGAACGCAGCACAGACCACGUGUGUAAACAGCAUGAAGCAGAGACAGCAUUCGUUCAUAGCUGUGGUAAUUAGCGUUAAUAUAUCAGAUUAAAUUGCGCCUUAUCAGCAUUUUAGCUUAAAUUAAAGGAGCAUAUUUUAUAGCUCGAAACGGAACAAAACGGGAUCACCUUCUCACCACUUCUUUCUCUUCAUCACUUAAAGAGAAGGUCUAGGAGGUCUCGGUCAAGUUGUUUAGAUCUGCAUCUUAGAGCGAUAACUGCGAUAACCAGAAUAGUGCUGGUGUUAAAACGCCCUAAGUUAUCCUAUGUCCUCCAUUCUAUUAAGCCCUAUCCAGAUGGGAUUAGUUUCUCAGGGGGACGUCUGUGAAAAAUAUUUCACACUUCUACUCAGUGAUGAAACUCCUGCAUCCGGACUGCAAUAAAAAAAAACAGGAGGACCAGUGAAUUUUUAGGCUUCCUCGGUCACAUGACAUCACGUUCAGUAGCUCCUUCAUUUCCACUCGCUGGUAUGUUUACGUGGAUCUCACAAAUAGCUAUUGUAUUAAACGCGAGCUGACGAAACUCAGAGAUGUGCGUCAAAACAGGACUAAAAUUACCGGAAGACCACAGAGUUCAACAGUAGAUAAUUCAGCCUGUGAUUGUCUCAGAGGAUGUCUGAAAAAAAAAAAAACACGAUAACCAGAAUAGUGCUGGUGUGAAAAUGCCUUAAGUGAUUCAAUCGCAGUCCGAUCCCAAGGCUUCUUGAGGGUUUCUUUAUAUGCAGACUGGUAAAAUCCAAAAACACAUUAAUUCUCAUUAAAAUCAGAGCUUGGUCUUGAGAAAUUGGGAAUAACUGCAUGGAUGUUUUGCAUAGAUGGCCGCCGAGUAAACAGACUUGCCUAUAAGGACUUGCUUAUAAGGCUUUCCCCUCUUGUGCCAUAAUAUUAGCAAGCAGUUUUUGUUUUUUUUGAGAGUUAUAACAACUUCUACUCAUAUUUCAACCACUACUGCUAAUUUAAUGUGGUUCAAAGGGAUAAACCAGUAAGGCUCUUCCCCAAAACAGGCUGUGUUUGUGGGGAUGGCCUUGAAUGUGGCCUCAGCUCUAAUCCUCCAGAUCAUAUAUAGCAGGGGUGUCCAAACUACGGCCCGCGGGCCAUUUGCGGCCCGUUUCCUUUUUUGGAGCGGCCCGCGAGGUAUUUUAGAAAUAGAAUGAAAGUUGGCCCGCUGUUAAGCAGGUUUUUAUAAUGUGAGAUUCAAAGUUUGAACGCUAGAUGUCAGAAACGGGCCAAAGAGUCUAAAAGCGGAGAGAGUGCGCAUUUCUAACGCAGAAAAACAGAGCAAAGAGUCUAAAAGCGGAGAGAGUGAAGUUUUAGCGCAGAAAAACGGACCAAAGAGUCUAAAAGCGGAGAGAGUGCUCAUUUCUAGUGCAGAAAAACGGGCAAAAGAGUCUAAAAGCGGAGAGAGUGCUCAUUUCUAGUGCAGAAAAACGGGCAAAAGAGUGUAAAAGUUGCCAUAAUUAAGGAGUUUAAUAUUAAGAGACAUCAUGAAAUUAAACAUCAAACAUCAAAAAAUCUUAGUUUACACAACACUGUCAAAGAUAAAGAUAGUAAGUCAAGAAAAUGGUGUUUAAAUGAAAUAAUCAGGAAAAAAGUAUUAUUUAAAGUGGUAUAUUUCAUUAUUUGUUUUAUUACGGAGUCUGUGGCCCGUGACUUCAAAUAUAUUUCUCCUUCUGGCCCCCAACAAAAAAAGUUUGGACACCCCUGCUAUAUAGUAUAGUUCCGUUACAGUUGUAGUUUAUAAGCAUGUUGUGCAGCUUCAGACUGAGACUGUGUUCCAGGGCAUGAUGAAUGGCAGCAGUGGGUCAAGUCUAAAGAGCAUGGAAAUGAGUGUAGUGCCGUAAACAUUUGGGGAAAAAAAUUCACUUUGUCCCUUUUCUGAGGCCUCUGUCCACUCUUGUGGUGACCUCUGACGCUGGCCAUGAUGGCCACUGGCCUCUCUGACUCUCUUGCGCUGACAUUUGGAGAGUUUGGCGAGUUCUAACCACUUUUUCCUAUCAUAAAAUAACAUUAAAAAUAACCUACUCCAAAGUAUUUAUGCCUUUAAAUAGAAUCGCAUUCUCACUUUUUUAAAAAAAAGAAGGGCCAAAUCGCUUCACGUGUCAACUGUUUUGAAGGUUUCCUAAACUGAAUUGGUGUUCAGCCUCUUUGCCGCUCAGUGAUUUCAGGUUUGUAAAUAGUGAAAGUGAUCAGAAGUGUGCACUUAACAUUUCCUAACUGUGUUUCUCUGUGUGUGUGGAUUUAUUCCGAUGUAAAAGUAGUGACGGUCUGCCAUGUGUAGUGUAGUGGAAGGAGUACUCUAAACUGGUGCCAUAUAGACUCCUUCUCUCUCUCUCUCUCUCUCUCUCUCUCUCUCUCUCUUUUUCUCUCUCUCUCGGUCAGUUUUCUCAUUGUGUUUGAUCAUCCGAUCAGGGGUGAACAUCUCUUAUAGUCUCAUAAGACUUAAAAAAACAUUAAAUAAGAUAAAAAGACCCCCGUAUACGUGUGAGGGACGAGCAUCAAAUCAGAUAUUUAAGUGCAAUAUUAAAAAGUGGAGAAGAUGAAGAGUCAAAAAAUAGAAAAUAGCUCAUAAAAUUUACAAUAGAAAUAGAAACAAAGGCUACGUUCACACAGCAGUGGUACCAGUGGCCCAAAUCCGAUCUUUGUGAAUAGCACAAAAAAAAACACACUGAAUUAUAGAAAUUUUUUCGAUUCUGAAUUAACACUUUCAGACCUGAGUUAGUUGCAGUGAUGAAAAAAAAAAUCUGAAUUAUUUUAAUUUUUGUAAUGCAUUCAAAACAAUACUUAUACAAGCAAUACUUUUAUUUUUUGUGUAUUUUUUUGGGGCAUUGUAGUGGAAUCAUUUGUUCAAGAUUAUUAUUUUUAUUUUAUUUAACUGUUGCAUACUAUAUUUUUGCAUUAUAAGGCGCACUAAAAAUCCUGUAAUUUUUCCCAAAAUAAUCAGUGCAACUUGUGUAGAAAUGUUACCAGUCAGGUAUUAAGGAGCAGUAAAGCCACUCCACUAAAUUGCAGAAUUAUGCAGGAGUUUCAGUGAAGUUUCUCCAGCACCAAGGCUGGAGCAGUAUUAGCAUUAGCUGCUAUAAGCGCUAGCUCUUUCUGCUGCACCCAGCCUUAGUGGAAAUCUGGAAAUCUAAGCUUAAUGUAGCUUACUUUUUUAAAAUUACAGUUUUGUUUACUUAGCUUAACUGUACAAUAUUAGAAGGAAAACAUAUAUAUAGUGCGGAACAUAUUGUAUUUUAUUGAUUUAUUUUAUUUUUUUAUUCAGUGCACUGGGCAUAGCUAAGCUGCUGUUUGAUUGGUUGAUAAAUGUCUAUUCUGAUGGACAGGCAAUAGAUCUCAGUCUUGGUUAAGUGCAAAAAUAGACAAGAAAGAAGAAAAUAAAUAAUGCUAAUGCCUUCGCUAAAGACACAGAAACACACAACUUUUCAUCAGGAAGAAUUUAAAACUGGGAACUCAAACAUACUAUUGGUGAUAAGCCCAGCUGUCAAUCACUGGAACUCAUUAGCUUGAUAGUUUUUUAGAUUCUGCCGAAAAUGAAACCGAAAAUGAAACCGAAACUUCACGUGAAGCUCUGCUCUUUUGCACUUACAGUACAUAUCAGUUUAGGAGCGUAUAGGAACUGUUCAGGCGGAUAUUUAUAUUUUAUAAUUGGAACAGCCAAAUAAGCAUCUAUUUUGGUGUUAAUUUGAUGAGAUUUGGGCCACUUUUACAUGCUGUGUGUACAGAGUCAAAUGAAUGAAUCACAGCUUUAUCAGGCUCACCUUUUCCACAUUUCCUUAAAAAUUUCUGUGAAAAAAUAAAAUAAACUGCAUGACUGGAACCACGAAGGCUCAAAGGCCUGGGUCUGUUAUAGUUAUUAGUCACUAAAUGAACAAUGACUCAAAACAAACAACACAUUUUUGUAGGAGUAGGGCAUUAGAUAAGGCGCCCAUGGAAACCCAUUAUCAGCAAUAUCCCCCCGGGGUCGCUCCGAAUUUCUUGCACGGACUCGAGUUUACACUGACGAUUCUUUUUAGACGUGAUAAUGUGGACCCAGACUGGGAUGGAAUGCCAUGUGUUUUCAUGUGACCUCUUCUUUUGUUGCUGUUAUUGUGGUUUUAUAAAUAUAAAUGCCGGGACUACUUUUUAUUUCUUGAGGAAUUGUGAAUUGCUGAAUUGUAAAUAACAAUGAAAAAAAAAAAGGCUUUUAUUUAUUAACUUUUCUUAUUUGAGUUUGAAUUUGCACUCUAAUAAUUGCAGAACAAAAAAAAAGGGACGAAUUGUUCAAAAAGUCUCAGUGGUGUUGAAAUAAAGAUAAACUUUUCCUAA